AUUUUUUUCGUUGGUGGACUCUUCUUUCUCUCUCUCUCUAUCUCUCUCUUCUGCUCGCGAUCUUCACGGUUUAGGCCUUUUGUUUCCUCUUCUUUUCCUUUCUUUCUCGAUCAAGUUAGGGUUUCGAGUUCUGCAGCUGCGAAUAAGAGGUUCUUCUCCGUUUCAACAUCUGGAAUCUCGUGCUCGCUCACUUUAUUUUAACCUUCUUGUUCGGCUGACACGGGAAACAAAACCUAGAUUUGCUGCUUGUUUUUAGGUCUUACAGAUCUAGCCUUCUCUUCCUCUUCCUCUGUACUAAGCUUGAAGAAAAUCUCGUCUCUUCCGUUUUCUUCUCCAUCAUGUUUUGGAAGCUCACAGCUCUCUCCACCUCAUCGCCUGUGGAAUCAGUAUUGGACAAAGAAAAUUUUACAUUGGAAGAGCUUCUGGAUGAGGAAGAAAUAAUCCAAGAAUGCAAAGCUUUAAACAGUCGACUCAUUAAUUUUCUAAGAGAUAGAGCCCAAGUGGAGCAGUUAAUACGGUAUAUUGUUGAAGAACCCCCGGAGGACGCUGACAGCAAACGAGCAUUCAAGUUCCCAUUCAUCUCCUGUGAGAUAUUUACAUGUGAAAUUGAUGUUAUUCUUAAGACUUUGGUUGAAGAGGAAGAGUUAAUGAACUUACUUUUCUCAUUCUUGGAACCAAAUCGUCCUCAUAGUGCAUUGCUGGCUGGAUAUUUUAGCAAGGUGGUCGUGUGCCUCAUGAUACGAAAGACAAUCCCACUCAUGAACUAUGUACAAGUCCAUCAGGAUGUUUUUCGCCAACUUGUCGAUUUGAUAGGAAUUACAUCAAUCAUGGAGGUUUUGGUUCGUCUAGUUGGCGCUGAUGAUCAUGUCUAUCCCAACUUUAUGGAUGUGAUGCAGUGGUUGGCUAAUAGUGAUUUGCUUGAAAUGGUUGUGGAUAAAUUGAAUCCUUAUGGUCCUCCUGAAGUUCAUGCAAAUGCUGCGGAAACACUAUGUGCAAUUACUCGAAAUGCCCCAUCAGCCCUAGCCACUAAACUCUCUAGUCCUAGCUUUGUUACAAGGAUAUUUCUUCAUGCUCUGGAAGACUCACAUUCAAAAUCUGGACUUGUUCAUGCGCUGUCAGUGUGUAUAUCUUUGUUGGAUCCAAAAAGAUCUGCAGUUUCUUCUCCCUUGAUGCAUUCUUUUCGAAGUCAACACAUGUUUGAGUCUCCUAUCCCCGUGAACCAGGAGACUAUUAGUGCCAUGCUGCCUAAGCUUCCUGACCUGCUCAGGGUUUUAAAUGUGUCAUCUGAUGACAAGUUGUUGCCUACAACUUAUGGAGAAUUAAGGCCACCUCUUGGAAAGCAUAGAUUAAAGAUUGUGGAGUUCAUUGCAGUUCUGUUGAGAACUCACAAUGAAGCUGCUGAAAGAGAAUUAGUUUCUUCAGGGACCAUUCAGAGAGUCCUUGAUCUUUUCUUUGAGUACCCCUACAAUAAUGCAUUGCAUCAUCAUGUGGAGAGUAUAAUAAUAUCAUGUUUGGAAACCAAAAAUGAUACAAUGGUUGAUCACCUUCUUCGAGAGUCUAAUUUGAUUGGAAAACUUCUUCAAACCGAUAAACAUCCAACUAUUUCUGGUGAUAAUCAGCCAACUUUACCUGCUGCUGGGAAGCGGGCUCCAAGGGCAGGAAACAUUGGACAUAUUACUAGAAUUUCUAAUAAACUUGUUCAGUUGGCAAGUGGUAAUAGCCGAAUCCAAGCAUGUCUUCAGGAAAACAGCGAAUGGAAUGAGUGGCAGUUUAGUGUGUUGCAAGAGCGUAAUGCAGUUGAAAAUGUUUACCGUUGGGCUUGCGGCCGCCCAACAGCAUUGCAAGAUAGGACAAGGGAUAGUGAUGAGGAUGACCUUCAUGAC